AUGAAAAGGUUUAAUGUGUCGUAUGUGGAAGUUACGAAGAAUAAUGAGACCUUAGCUGCUUAUUUCCAUCAAUUUGGUAAAGAUGACUUAUUGAAUCCACAAUCGUACAGCUCGAUUAGUUCAAAUAUCGUUAGCUCUAAAGUAUUCCACAAAUUAAUUAUGGAAUUUGUACUGACCAAAGUGGUUCCUACACAGGGGAAUAAAGUCACCAAAGUUAGUUUGGACAUGAUAGAUGGGUUUGAUUGUUAUUACACUACGUCUAAUAAAGGACUCGUUUACAUUUGUUUUACAAGAUUAGACGUACCCAAGAUACUGCCAAUACGGCUACUGUGUGAUCUAAAAAAUGGUGAUGAGUAUGAUGCUGCACUAGACAACACAACAGAUUCUAAACUAAACGAUAAUAUAGAGUCUAUUUUGAAUGAAUUCCAUAGUGAAUUAUUAUCCAUUAGAGAUGAAAAUAACCAAAACAACACAUCAUCACAUCAAACUGCAAAGAAUGCGGAGGAAGAUUUACAACAAAUCAUUACGAUAAUGAACGAUAAUAUAGAUAAGUUUUUACAAAGACAAGAACGAAUAUCAUUAUUAGUUGACAAGACAUCUAAAUUAAAUAAUAGUUCGAAUGUUUUUAAACAAAGAGCCAACAAAGUUAAAAGACAAAUGUGGUACAAUAAAUUCAAAAGUUGGGCUUCCCUAUUGCUAAUAGUUACAAUUCUAGUCUUUGUCAUUGGUAUAUUUUUGUAUAAGUCUUGA